CAAAUCUCUCUUUAUCAAUAAUAAUUAAUAUAUUAUUAUUGGAAAUCCAACAUUUUGCCAAGACGUACAGAGAAGGUCAUCAAAGUUUAUCUCGCCACUGUAUAAAUAUGAAAAUCUGGUCUUCCAAUUGAGUAUUUCGAUUUAGGACGUUUUGCAAAUCGGUGAAUGAUGAUCUUCAAAAUUUCGGUUUUGUGCGCUAUUGCUGCGGUUAGUUUUGCUCAUGGCAUGAUGAUAAGGCGACCAUGGCCUAUUAAUGGACAAAUGCUCCUAGGACGCAGAUAUUUAACGACCACAGAAACAGAUGAGGAAACUGCAACAGAACAGUCUUACGAAAAGGAAUCUGAUCGUUAUGUACAAAAACAACAAAAUGUCGAGAAGAUUUUUAUUUUGUCUGACAAUAAAUUAAAUUGGACAGAAGCAAGAGAAGCGUGUUUGGAAUCAGGUAGAAUGCUUGCCAAUCCAUCUACACCUGAACAAAUCAUGCAGUUGAAUUCUUAUAUUUGGGACAAUGACUUGUCGCCACCAGAUGUGUAUUCUGGAUACUGGUUGGGUGGUCACCGUGAAGAUGAUUCAGGACCAUUCAAGUGGGAAACCGGUGAGGAAGUGGAAGAAGGUAGAUACAAGACUGGUUGGAUGCUGGGAGAACCAAAUUACGAUGGGGAAAAUUGUAUAGAAUUAAAAUCCGAUUUAGGAACCUUAGGAUUCAAUAAUUACUACUGCCAAUUAGUUAAACGGUACAUUUGCGAAGAGAUAGUUUCUCAGGAGCACGCUAAAAAUCUUCAGGAAACGAGCAACAAUGAAGUUCACGAAGAAGAAAAUAAAAACCUUGUUGAAUUAAUAUAUGCUACAAUGCAAAUUUCCGACUCGGACGAAUUUGGCACAAUACUUAUGACACCUAGAAACGAUAUCAGUGAUGAAGUAGAUACGGAAUCCCCAUCAGACUUUGAACAAUUUGGAACAAUACUCAUGACACCUAGAAACGACAUCAGUGAUGAAGUAGAUACGGAAUCCCAAUCAGACUUUGAACAAUUUGGAACAAUACUCAUGACACCUAAGAAAGACUUCAGUGGAGAAGUAGAUACGGAAUCUCCAUCGGCAUAUGAAACUUCGGACUAUGAUCAAUUUGGCACAAUGCUUAUGGGACCUAGAAAAGUCAUCAUCAGUGAAACGCAAUCUACAUUGGGAUUUGAAACUUUAGACAACGACCAAUUUGAUACAAUAGUUGUGGUACCUAAAAACAUGAUCAGCGAUGAAAUUGAUCCAUUGACAUCUGACGAAUUUGGAACAAUACUUAUUGCUCCUGAGAAUGUGAUCAGUGACGAAGUAGAAACAAAACCUCCUAUGACACUCUACGAUAUUAUAAGGGCAUUCGAAAAGGACCAGAGGGCAGUAGAAACUUUAGACUCUGACACAGUAGGUGCAGAAAUUGAACGUCUAGCUAACAAUAAUUCAGAUGCAUCUAUUUCAAGAGAUAUCAUGGAGAAUAGAGUUGUAGACGCUCCUAAUGAGAGUGGCCUUAUAGAGCUUAUCAGUGGCAAUGAUAUUGUUGCCAAAACCGAACUUCCAAUUGAUACCAUAAGAUUGGACGAUCCAUUCAGUCUUAGACGAGAAGCUGUAGACAGUGACAUUGUUGCCAAAACCGAACUUCCAUUUGAUUCCAUGAGAUUGGACGAUCCAUUCAGUCUUAGAAGAGAAGAUUUAGAUGAUGACAUUGUUGCCAAAACCGAACUUCCAUUUGAUACCAUGAAAUUGGACGAUCCAUUCAGUCCUUCAGACCCCGACGUGAUGAUUUUAGGUCGUUUUGAAGAUGUGCAACCGGAAACAUCAGAUAACCAACUUGGAGAUAUUGAAACUGAGAGAACUGUUAGUUUUCCCAUGGUAUAUGAUAAUCCAGGAUACAGAUUUCAAGAGAAUCUAGGACCAAUUGAUGAUUAUUAUGGAGAUCUUCAAGAUUUUGAUAACUGGGGAAUAGACAAUGAUGAAUUUGAACAAGAGUGAAUUGUUGCAACAAUCUAAAAAAUUAUUAUAAAUAAAGUUAUUAUUUUUUUAAGUAAAUUUUCAAGACUUUAAUUUUGUUCGCUUUAUUAGGCGGAAUAAAAUUAAAGGGUCCUUGACUUUGGACCUUUUUAAUAAUUAUAAACCGUCUGGAGUGCCUAUAUAAAGGAUAGAGGUUGAUAGCCCUGAAACGAAGCUGCACAGCUCGUUAUAACUAGUAACCCAGUCAUUCCCCAAGCUCUAGGAUAUUAUACAGACUAUUUAAAAUUCUCCUUUACGUGCUAAAUAAUAUAAGGAGUUAAUUAGAGAGUUUACAGAAUCUCCGAAGCAGCAGUGAAACUGAAUUUUUAUGCUUUACACACCCUACUUUGAGCUAAUGGAAAUUUAUGAAGAAGAUUUUUACUGUGAUAAUAUUUAGCAAGACAAGAUUAUUUUAUCUAAUGAAUUUGUGAUAUUCUAAUAAUGAAGAUAAUAAAAGUUUGUAAGAUAUUAACCUCUGUCCUGAAACCUUGUUAGAUUUAUUGUGGUGUCUCCUAUCUCCCCCUGAACAACCCUUUCCCACUAUUGCUUCUACUGUGAACCUACCUUUGGAAGUAAAAUAAUGAUUUCUCCAUAAAUUUUAAAAAUGAACUAUCUUGUUGUAAAAUUUGCAACCAUUUUGAUGACGCUGCCUCAAAAUUGGGUGGUAAAAGCAUCUUUACAGGCUGGUCUGUAAAUAACGACCUUAUCAGCUUCCCUAUCUUCUAAUAAUUAACGACUUUGCAAGUUUUAGGGCAUCUAUAAAAUAACGCCUGGCUGGUGCGAAACUUUGAGAAGUUUCUAAUUAACUGCUUAGACGGCGUCCUGAAUGACUUUUAGUUUAUUAGGCGAUACAAUAUAACAUUAUACUGCUUAA